AUGUUCGCUUCGACGUCACAAAGAAAUGAUGAUGGUUUGCGGGCGUCUUACAAUAUCUCGUUACUUAUAGCAAAAUCCGGAAAACCGCAUACUAUCGGAGAGAAAAUAAUUUUGCCAGCCGUUGAAGAGGUUUUAAAAACUGUUUUACACAAACCUGCAUCUGAUAUCAUAAAAAGAAUUCCCUUAAGCAACAAUACUGUUGAAAGAGGUAUUGAUGAAAUGAGUUCUGACAUUGAAAGCUUCUUAUGUAAUUAUUUGCAAACGAACCAUUUCUCUAUACAACUGGACGACAUUAUUAUUGGCAUAUAUGUUCGUUUUAUUAUGAAUCAAGAAAUCUACGAAGAACUGCUCUUCGCAAGAACUUUGAUAACCGACACUAAAGGUGAAUCAAUAUUUCAUGUUUUGAAGGAUUACUUCAAUGAAAAAGCAAUUCCUUUAUCAAAUAUAAUAUCAGUAACUACAGAUGGAGCACCUGCCAUUGUUGGACGUUAUCGUGGAUUUAUAAGCUAUUUAAAACAAAAUGUGUCAGGGGUGUUAGCAAUACAUUGCGUCAUCCAUCGACAACAUGAAUCACUUCAUUUAGUCGUUGAUGCAGUAAACCGAAUCCGAAGCAACGCGUUGAAUAUGCGGUUAUUUGCGUAG